UUCUAAUAGAUUUUAAUUUUAUCGUAUGUUAUUGUAAUUUUAUCAUAUGUUAAAUAUUGCUGAAAAUGGCCAUUAGCAUUAACAAUAGGAUUUUUUCACAUCUUCAGUUACAUCGUCAAUCUCUCUCUUGUCUAAAGAUACUUUAUAUGCUUUAUUCUGAUAUUCAUAUAGCCAUGAUCUGGACUAGAAAAUCCUUUCGACCCAUAUUUCAAUACGGCACUGACCAAGCAUUCUUCCUGCCGCUGCCGGCCCAAAGCCCAAACGUUCAACGGUAGCGCCAGUCGUGCACUUGGCGUCCUUGCGAGGGUUUCGUAGUUCCGUGUCAUCCGCUACCUUUGUAAGUGUUUCGCGACGUAAAUUAUAACGGAAAAAUUGUGGCACGUAUACGUACACAACGCAUUUUCGCUACUCCUGCGGGAUAAUAAAUAAUAACGUUAUCAUUCAUCCUCGUUGCAACUUUUAUGAUCUCGUAACUAAUAUUCGCGCGUGUAUACGUAUGUAUGUGUGCAAGUGUGCGAACGUGAGCGAGGGAAAACGAUAACGGCGUCCAUCGGCGCGUCUCUAUCGAGAGGAAAUAGAGAAUGAGCCAACUAGAUCAAGACAAAAGUAUGGACAAGAAGGAAAUUGCCGAGGAGGAAAGGGAGAAGAUGUUAAAUGCUGAGAAUACAAAGCAUACUAGCGCCACACCUGCGACCGAUUUUGAAUCAGAGGAACAGAAACCGAAGAAGAAGAUACCGAUCGGCGGGAUCAAGAUGCCCGGAUUCUGCCGUACGAAGAGCAAGGAACCAUGCAAGGAUGAUGAGACGAAACCGGCAGAAUCCACGGGUGCAGAAUCAGCCUCCGCAACAAAGGAGAUCGAGCAAAACGCCUCGUCUGUGGAAAAGCCCUCUACGCCUACUAAGAAUUCUAAGGAGAAGGAAGGACGAAAGGGGAUUUUGGAUGCUAUUCGAAUACCUCUGGUAUCAUCGGUUUUUCCGAGGAGAAAAAAAGAUGUCGAUGCUGAAUUAGGACAAACCGGUGCUGCUGGAUUAGCGAGUGUUGAAACACUUGAUGAUGGUGCUGAGAAGAGCCCUAUUGCUAAGGAGGAUGGCAUGGAAACUGUUCGGCUCGAUGGAGAAAAUGGGCCCGACCGUGUCGAAUCGCCAAAGCAUCCUUUAUUGUUCUGCAUAUCCAUGCUCAGAAAACACGUGGUUGUCUCAGUGGUGAGUCUGCUAAUCCUGCUCAGCGUCAUCAUUAUCAUUUGCAUCGCCUGUGCCGGACCUAGAAGAAUCUCCACCCAACCCCUAAAGAAUGGCAAAUAUAUCGAGGCGGUGACAUCGUGCGGACCGGUGCAGGGAAUUCUAGAGGACGGCGCUUACGCAUUCCGCGGUAUUCCGUACGCGAUGCCACCGGUCGGUAAUCGUCGCUGGCAACCACCCGAAUCUCUAAGUCGUAUCGAACACUGUUGGAACGGCACUUAUUUGGCGCACAACGCCUCAGAGAGCUGCUGGCAGCGCGAGACAUCCGGUCGCAUGGACGGCGUCGAGGAUUGCCUCUAUCUUGACGUAUUUACACCAAUGGUCGGAUACGAUUAUCCAUUACCUGUGGUCGUUAUGAUCGGCGCCGAGACCUUGAGUGGCGGCUCACCCGGAGUAAUGCAACCUUCAGCUAAGCUGGCGCGUGUCCGCGACAUCGUAUUCGUGCGACCAAAUUUCCGGAUGGGAGUUUUCGGGUUUCUAGCGGUCGAGCCUCUCACUAGAGCGACGCAUCCUCCAACUUCCGGCAACUACGGACUGUCAGACAUUAUAGCGGCUCUUCAAUGGGUACAGUUGAACAUCGAAAACUUUGGCGGUAACAAGUCAUCCGUUACUUUGUGGGGACAUCGAGCGGGUGGCACUCUUGUGACAACGCUGAUCGGCUAUCGUAAAGCCAAAAAUCUAUUCUCGAAGACGUGGAUAUCCAGUGGUAGUGCGAUUUUCCCAGGCAAAGAGCUGGAUAAAUAUGAGGCCAUGAACAAACAGUUCCUUGACUCGAUUCGCUGUAGCGAUGCUGCUUGUCUUAGAAGUAAGAGUGCCGAAGAUCUCAUGGACGCCGUACCAGAGACGUGGUACGUAGGUAACAUAGGUCUACCGGGAAUGAAGGAAGGAGGACUCUCCUAUGAAAAGAGACACGAAUGGCUCGUUCUUGAUGGCACGAUUCUCCAAGAGCAUAUUGGCCGGAUAUUGUCGCAAGAAAAUCUUACGGUGAAGGUGGUGAUGGGUACUACCGCGCACUCCGGCACUCCAAUACGAUACUUGUCGCCGAACUCCACUCUUGAGACUUCGCAAGUUGAGAAUAUGGUACGAGAAUCCUUACUUGGAACAUCGGGCUUUGCAGAUGAAGCUCUGAGACGUUACGGCAAUACAUUGAAGGGAUUGGUCACAAUGAUCUCUGACAUCCGUGUAGUGUGCCCAUUGCUGACUCUCGCCAGGAUGAGGACCAACAUACCCUUUUAUGUGGCCACUCAGCCACGCCGACAAUACCUGGCCGAUCCCGACAGCGACGCCGCAGCCAUUCUGGGGACCUACGCUGCCGUCACGCCCGAGGAAAAAAGACACGUGUCGGCAAUGCAACAGCUGUUCAACCAUUACGUGUGGCAUAGUGAAGUCGCGCAGGUCGACAAAUCGGGCGCGAAGCGAGUCUUGAUCGUUGCUCAGGACACGUUGCUUGCGCAGGGUUACCCGAAUUGCGAUUUUUGGAUAGAGAAGAACAUUGUCCCCAUGUACGGUCGAGUUGAUUAGAAAAGCUCUCGUCGAUGAGUGCGUUGUGAGUCUGUGUGCUAGGAUUUAUGGAAAUCUGCACCGCGAAUAUUUAUGAAUUAGCCAUUGAUUUCUGCGGACAUUGAUUCUCAUGAUACAGAUAUUUAGUAAAUACUGACUAACAGUAACAUAAUAUUGUUGCUGUUGAUUAGUGUGUGUAUUUACUAGAAUAUACAUUUUGACUACUUAAAUAUCGAUAUAAACGUUCAAGAGAUUAACGCAGAUUAACAAACAAGGAUUAUGCCUUUGUGGUGCGACGUAUAAGUAGUACCUGUCUUAAUCAUGACAAUUAAUUAAUGUAAAGUCAAAAUAUAAAAUAGCGAUUAAAAAGGAAAAGGAUAAAGACAUUUUUAUGUAGAUAUCCGAGUACAAUGCGAGUUCGUUCUCAAGCCUGAAAUGAUAAUAAUAUUUUACAAACAUAGUAAUGAAAAAUGAAUGUUGUUCUUUGUAUCCAAGAGACAAACACAUUUGACCAUAGGGCCUUUUAUGUAUGUAUAUAAGUGUGAAUCAAAUUGUGUAAUAUAUUGCAUGAGGGCAGUAAAAUGCUCUAGGUAAAGUACAAAAUCAAUAAUAAGACGAAGACAUUAAGUAAAAAUUAUUUUAGAAAAAUAAAAUUUAUUGUGAUUUCAAUACACUUUUGACGAUAACUUUAUAUUAAUUUCUAUCGUGACAAUAAUUUUAAAUAAUUUUUUGGUAAAAAAAAGCACUAAAAUCAUUGCUAUAUUAGAAUAAAUCAUUAUCUCAUUUGAUACACUUUUGAUGAUUUUGUAAUGAAUUCUUGAUAUCGCAAACAAUAUGAUUUAAAAAGUCUCAAAGCCGUCUUAUGACUCGAUUUUAGACUUCGUGUUACUUGAGCAAAAUUUUGUUAAUUUUUUAGUUUAAAAAUUACUUUUAAAUGACUUUAAAAUGAUUUUAAAUUACUUUACUCACAAAAUUAUUUCAAAGUCAUUGCCAUAUCAGGCAAGAAUUUAAGAAAAAUUUUAGAAAAAAUUAUAAUUUUACUUAAUAUUCAAUACUCAAUGACAAAAAUUUACUACAUAAUUAUCGUCAAAGGUAUAUCGAAUGAGAUCAUGAUUUUCCGAAAAUUAUUUCUGUUUAGUGUCGUUCUGAUCUUAUAAUAAUUUUGUAUUCUACUUAAGUGUAUCAAAGCAGACACAUAGAAAGAUACAAGCGCAACUUGAAUAAAAGAAGAAUUGAUAAUUCGGCUUAUACAUAUUACACGUAUAUUAUACAAUUAUAUAUUUUUGUAAAACGUAAGUAAAUAACCGCGAAAAGGAUAAAAGGAACAACAAUUUUAGUCUAUUAGGAAUUUUGGAUCAAUCUUAUUUCAAAAAUUAUAAAUUUCUCAAAUUUGAAUUCUCUCAGGACUCGAUACAAUUGAGAAAUUUGGCUUGUUAUACGUAAUUAUAAAUAUAUUGUAUUAUUUAUAAAUUUUUUAUAUUUUCAGCUUAUAUGUGGAUGUAAUGUAGCAUUAAAAAAAAGUCUCAAAGUAUAAACCUAAGUUAGUUGGCAUCGAUUACCACCUCGGCGAGAACGAAUUCGUAUUGCUACACAUAAAAUGGACCAUGUGCUUUUCUGCUACAGAAAAUAUUUUUGAAUUGGGGAGCUUUAUCUUUCUGAAGAACCAUGCGGGAUAUAUGCGUUAUAUCGCAUUUGUGGAAGCAAUAUUUUAUCGGAAGAUUUUAGCUUCCCAAUAAACGCCAAUUAACAACAACAUAAUAUCAAUUAUAAUUUCAUACUUAACAAUAUAACUUUUAUGUAUAUGUAUUAUAUUGCAUUUAUAUUGUUGAGUAUGAACAUUUGUAACAAUUAUGUUAUGUUAGUUGUUUAUUAGAUUUCUUCAUCAACGAUUCUUUUGUACGAAAAAACAAAGUUUUUAUUGUCGAUAUUUUUUUACACAUUUAUAACUUAAAUAACAAAUUUAUAACUUGAAGAAAGUGGUUCUUUUUCACUAAUGAGAAAACUACAGACUGAACGAAUAUUAUACACGACUAAUAGUUGUCUAAGAAAGUCCUUGUGGAGGCUUUUUACAUUAUUCAGACUGAAGUUGCCAAAUUUGGUACUUUUUAUACUACGUAUCGUCUACUCGAAUCAUAAAGAUUCUACUAUUACAUAGUAUUUUCAGACUUCACGUAUCUAAAGAUAUAAAGAUAACGAAUAACAAAAACCUUGUCAAUAGCUUUUCUGCGCGUUUCUCUUUCGUAAACGUGAUUCGCGGCCCAGAAAUAAUAAUCUUGAUACUCUAUAAAUUUAUUUUUUACAUUUUUACGACUUACGAUUAUUAUUCAAUGUAUUAUUAAGCAUAAUUUAUUUUCAAUAAUAUAUUUAUAUGUGAUAACAUAGCACUUACUCAAGAAACCUGUACGUUAUUUUAUUUUAUAGAUAGAUCAUUUUUGCAUAAUUAACCAAUUUCUAUUACUUUAAUAUCACUUAUGCAAAUAGGACAAUGUCAUUUGUGACAAAUAUCUGUUGCGACUGAUGUUCUGACUGAUUGUGAUUGGGAAUAUAUUAGAGUUCUGAGUGUGCAUUGCUAGUAUAUGCGUACGCGGAAGACAUUUAAAUCUUCUAAGAAUAUUUAGCAACGAAACCGCACGCAUUGAGAAAAAAGUUAACUUGAUUAAAAUUUCCAAUUUAAUUAUUUCUUUAGUUUAAAUAUUUGUGUAUUUAAAUCAAAUACAUAAAUUCUUUAGUUCAAGUAUUUUAGACACACACACACACACACACACACACACACACACACACAUACAUUUCAGCUACAGUUUAAAUAUUUUAGAUAUUUAAGAAAUGCAUAAAUAUUUGAACUAAAUAUAGAAAUGCUUGAAUCAAAGAAAUAUAGUCAAAUUGCAAAACUUAGUCAAGUUAAUAAAUUUUUUUUCAAUGUAAUAUACAGAAUGAUAUAAAAGUCUGGAAAUGACUAAUUAUCUCUGAAAUUAUUGGUUUUAUGGAAAAAUAUUUCAGACAAAAUAUAAAUAAAAGAA